GUAUCUUUCAUUCUACUCAAAAGCCAAACCCAAUCCCCUUCCUACAGACAAAAAAAAAAAAACUUUCGUACACACACACCUCUAUAAAUUAAAAUCUCUUUUUUACUUUUGAAAUUAAAAUUUUAUAAAUUCCUUUUUCUCUCCAUAAUAAAUAAUUAUCAUAUGUUUCAGUGCCUAUUUUCUUCUUAUACAGUACAAUUUUUUAAUUUUUUUUUUUUGUAUAUUCGUAUAGCAAAUGAACAGAGUUGAAGUGGAAUUGAAAUUAAGGUAGGUUGCAGUGGUGCUUCACGAUAAUAACAAGUAAUAAGAGGAAAAUAAUGUUUGAUAUAUUGGUAGGAAUUGUGGUAUGGAGAAGGAUAGAAUGAUUUUCAGCAAUCGUGUUGGCGGCUAUAUUGUUUAGCUAUAAUUCCAAUUGAAAAAUUAUUCUGGUAUCAUCACCAGACCUUGGGAAUAAAGGAGUACAAUUGCGUGAACUUCCAUUCCAACUGUUAAACGAAAAUCAGAAUUAUCUUAGCCUUCUUAGCUGAGCUGUGCAUUAACGUGCUCUAUUCAGGUACAAGUGAUAGAUCCAAUUUAGAGGUGAGUAGACGUUUUUGACUUAGGCAACUUUUUCUGAAAGAUAUAAUGUCGCGUGAACCGGAAUCUGAUGCUGCUCGUGGGGUUCUUAGUUUUCUCGAUGUGGACCAACUUUUUAGUUCCAACUAUUACGGUGAUAGUAGACAGCAUGACAUUGAAAUCUGUCAUGAACAAUAUUCCAGAGAAAACCCUUAUCACCCAUCAUAUUGCAACGUUGACAAUGAUGAGGUUAUUGCUCAUGCUCUACAAGAAGAAUGGUCAGAGUUGUCCAUUACAGAAGAUGCUCAAUCUUCACAUGCAGAUGAACAGUACUUGCAAGCCUCCACUGGUGUACGACAUUGGCAUGGUCCUCCAAGAGACUACUAUGCUGGGCAUGAUGCUGGCCUUGAAGCUGAUGAUGUAGGGCCUUCAAGUUCUAGCUCCAGUCCUGGCGACAGAUCAUAUGAUGGGGAAGAGUGUACUUACACAUUGGAAAUACAAGAUGAAUUUGAGAUUGAUGGAGAAGUAGGGAAGAGAAUAAACCAGCUGAGUGCUAUUCCUCAUGUUCCUAGAAUAAACGGAGAUAUACCUACAGUUGAUGAAGCAACGUCUGAUCACCAAAGGCUGCUAGAUAGAUUGCAAUUGUUUGACUUGGUGGAGCACAAAGUGCAAGGAGAUGGAAAUUGUCAGUUUCGUGCUUUAUCAGAUCAAUUCUAUCGUGGCCCAGAGCACCACAAAUUUGUCAGACAGCAAGUAGUCAGCCAGCUUAAAGAACAUCCAGAGAUAUAUGAGGGGUAUGUCCCAAUGGCAUAUGAUGAAUACUUGACGAGGAUGUCCAAGAGUGGGGAAUGGGGCGAUCAUGUUACAUUGCAGGCUGCCGCUGACUCGUAUGGUGUGAAAAUUCUUGUUAUAACGUCAUUCAAAGACACAUGUUACAUUGAGAUCCUUCCAAAGAAUCAAAAGUCAAACAGAGUCAUAUACAUGAGUUUCUGGGCGGAGGUGCACUACAACUCCAUCUACCCUCAAGGAGACUUCUUGCCAUGUGAUGAUUUUAAGAAGAAAAAGAAGAAGUGGAGUUUCUGGAACAAGCAUUAAGAGUUCUUGAUCUGUAUAUUCAAGGCAAACACUACUUGCAACGGCAUCAUCCUGGCUGCGGUACAGACGUUCCGGUGCAGUACUUACUUUACAUUACAACAACUAUGCCUCAAUCCCGAGCAAGUUGGGGUCAACUAAAUUUGCGUUCUUUUUUCUUUAUGAUAAAUAAUACUUACUUUACAUUCUUAUAAUUGUUCACAUAUAAUUAUUAUUAAAGUAUAGCAUAGUCGAUAGUAGUUUGUUAUAAGUUGGCAUAAUAAGAUCAUAUUGUUAUAUACAUAUCUUGUUUCUCUUCAAAACAUUGUGCUCCACAUGCACAUUUCUCCACUUAGCAUAAUGGUCUAUACAAAUAUUAUUUAUGCAUAAGGCCUUGAUGAUUUUCUUGUA